ACCAACCAGCAUCAUUAGUUGCAGCAAUUUGCCGGCUGGGCAAAGGUAAAAUUAUGUGUUUUCAGAUUAUUUAAAAAAAGAUUCAAACACUCAGGGCGUCAUUGUGUUUUAGUUAUCGCUAUCGCUAUCGCUAUCGCUCUCCCCGAAUUUGAACAUCCGAAUGUCUCUGGCCGACGAGCUCCUGGCGGACUUGGAGGAGGCAGGCGACGAGGGUGAGGAUGGCUUGUACCCAGAAGGUGAGGAAGGCGACAGCGACGGAGAGGCCUCGCAAGGUAGGAACGACGGCGGGCUGGAGGACAUCCCCGAGGAGAUGGAAGUCGACUACAGUAAAGCGGAGAGUGUCGCGUCCAUCGCCAAACUGCGCAACAGCAAACAGUUUUCAGAUAUCAUGGAGAAGAUAUCAGUAUAUGUUGGAAAGCAACGCAAAAUCUCAGAUGUGUCAGGCCCCGUGGAGGCCGACCCAGAAUACAGACUCAUCGUGGCGGCCAAUAACCUGACAGUGGAGAUCGACAACGAGCUCAAUAUCAUUCACAAAUUCACACGUGACAAAUACUCCAAAAGGUUCCCAGAGCUGGAAUCGCUGGUGCCGGAUUCUUUGGAUUACAUCCGCACAGUCAAGGAGCUGGGAAACAACCUGGAGAAGUGCAAAAACAACGAGACCUUACAGCAGAUUCUCACCAACGCCACCAUCAUGGUUGUGAGCGUCACAGCCUCCACCACACAAGGGUCUCUGCUGAACGACCUUGAGCUGAAGCAGCUGGAGGAGUCGUGCGACAUGGCCCUGGAGCUCAACCAAUCCAAGCACAGGAUCUACGAGUACGUGGAGUCCAGGAUGUCAUUCAUCGCGCCCAAUCUCUCCAUCAUCGUCGGCGCGUCCACUGCCGCCAAGCUCAUGGGUAUCGCCGGAGGUCUCACCAACCUGUCCAAGAUGCCCGCCUGCAACCUGAUGCUGCUGGGAGCUCAGAGGCGAACGCUGUCGGGCUUCAGCAGCACCUCGCUGCUCCCCCACACGGGUUUCAUCUACCACUGUGAUGUGGUGCAGACGCUACCGCCCGAUCUGAGGAGGAAGGCGGCCCGUCUGGUGUCUGCAAAGUGCACGCUGGCCUCAAGGGUGGACAGUUUUCACGAGAGCUCCGACGGGAAGGUGGGUUACGACCUGAAAGAAGAAAUCGAGAGGAAGUUCGACAAGUGGCAGGAGCCGCCGCCCGUCAAGCAGGUCAAGCCUCUGCCCGCCCCCCUGGACGGCCAGAGGAAGAAAAGAGGAGGCAGGAGGUACCGAAAGAUGAAAGAGCGUCUGGGCCUGACCGAGAUCAGGAAACACGCCAACAGGAUGACCUUUGCCGAGAUAGAAGACGACGCGUACCAGGAGGACCUGGGCUUCAGCCUGGGUCAGCUGGGCAAGAGCGGCAGCGGACGCGUCAGGCAGGCGCAGGUCAACGACGCCACCAAGGCCAGAAUCUCCAAAUCCCUCCAGAGGACUCUGCAGAAGCAGAGCGUGACGUACGGCGGCAAGUCCACAGUGAGAGAUCGCUCGUCGGGGACCAGCUCCAGCGUCGCCUUCACUCCCCUCCAGGGGCUGGAAAUAGUCAACCCGCAAGCGGCGGAGAAAAAGGUGGCCGAAGCCAACCAGAAGUAUUUCUCCAACAUGGCAGAAUUCCUCAAAGUCAAGAAGGAAACCAAGAAGUGAAAUUGCUGUCACGUUUUUUUUUUUUUUUUACUUUUGUUGAAAUUUUAGUAUCAGUAAAAUGUUUAAAAAAUGG